AUGGCAGAGCAUGCAACCGCGUCUCGCUCAAUGGACCCAGAAAAGAAUACCAAUACCCCAGAGCUAGCCCGAAAUAACACCAACAUGGCCGAACCAUCAGGCUUGCGGGGGUCAGACCUUGAAAAGGGAGAAAUACCUGGAUCUCCCCCUUCGCCUCCUCUAUCAUACGAUGAGCCUAAGAAGAACCCCGAUCUUGUUGACUGGGACGGCCCCGACGACCCUCAGAACCCAAAGAAUUUCAGCCGCAUGAAAAAAUGGUAUAUCACUAUGAUGCUUUCAAUCUUGACCUUCUGCAUCACUUUCUCGAGCAGUGUCUUCAGUCAAGCUACAGCAGUAACAGCGAAGAUCUAUGGAGUCUCAGUGGAGGUUACAACCCUUGGGACCGCACUUAUUGUUCUGGGAUUUGCUCUUGGACCUAUCAUCUGGGGACCGCUUUCCGAGGUAUAUGGUCGACGACUUCCCUUGAUCAUCUGCUUCAUUAUUUCAGCUCUCUUCCAGAUUCCCGUCGCAGUAGCACAAAACCUCGCAACUAUACUCGUCUGCCGGUUCUUGAUCGGCGCCUUUGGCUCCGUGACCCUUGCAGUCGUUGGCGGUGCCUUGGUAGAUAUCUGGGAACCUGUUGAUCGCGGUAUUGCGGCUGCUGGAUUUUGUGCAGCAACCUUUCUAGGACCAAUUGCCGGACCUAUUAUUGGUGGUUUCAUUGUCCCUUCACAUCUUGGCUGGAGAUGGACCAACUGGAUCACUCUCAUUCUUGAUGCCGCAGUAGGUCUUGUAGCUGUAUUCAGCCUCCCAGAGACCUUUGCUCCAGUUAUCCUACAAAGCCGAGCAACAAGGCUUCGAUUUGAGACAAAGAACUGGGCCCUCCAUUCCAGUCUUGAUGAAAGCCCUCUCACAUUCAACGAUAUCGUUCACAAAUAUCUGAGCCGUCCAUUCGAGAUGUUGAUAUUAGAACCAAUUCUUUCCCUAAUCACUCUCUAUCUCGCCGUCGUUUACGGAAUCCUGUACCUCUUCUUCUUCGCAUACCCAAUCUCCUUCGGAGAAGUUCGAGGCUGGAAAACCACCCUGGCGUUGCAGCUCUACCUUUCAUUGGGCCUUUCCAUUGGUAUCUUACUCGGAUGUGCCGUCCUCAUCUACAUCAGCAAACACCAAUAUGCUCAAAAACUCAAAACAACCGGCAAGCUGGUCCCAGAAGACCGUCUGCCACCAAUGAUAUUUGCCGCUAUUACUCUCCCUGCAGGCUUGUUCUGGUUCGCCUGGACAUCAUCGCCACAUAUCACUUGGGUGCCACAAGUGGUUGCGGGUAUCCCCAUCGGUUUUGGCUUGAUCAUCAUUUUCUUGCAAGGCAUAAACUAUGUUGUUGACGUUUACCUUGUAUAUGCCAACUCAGCACUGGCAGCCAACACCUUCGUCCGAAGUUUGCUGGGCGCAGCCUUCCCUAUGUUCGCUUCCCAAAUGUACCACAACCUUGGAGUUGCAUGGGCAAGCAGCGUGUUGGCCUUCAUCACUCUAGCCAUGAUCCCAGUUCCAAUCCUAUUUUAUGUAUACGGAGCUAGAAUUAGAGCCAUGAGCCGCUUCGUUCCAAAGGCGUGA